GGCGAAGACGACGCUGUACACUUCAAUCAUCAUUUUACGGUAUCAAUAACGUCUAUAUUCAGAUAAUUCAGCGCAAGAGCUUUAAGAAAUCCGCUGCACGAGGAUCGUUUUCAAAAAGGGUGGUUGUUUUCCUCCGAGUCAAAAUUAUUCAGACAAAAUUUUCCUUGCAUCACAUAAUCAAAAGUGCCCUCAAGGUGACCGGACAAUGUCAGAAGGCUUUUUCCUCACAUUCCAGUCUCAGCUCUCCGUUGUCAUGGAGACCAUCCUCAAAUCCGCCAUGUUUGAGAUAACCAGGCUGGUGGAGGACAGCUUCCUCGAGGAAGUGGGUCGUUGUAAACAGGAGGUGGAACUCUUGAGACGAAAGCUGCAGUUGUCUGAAACUAAACUGAGGGAGAGAGAAUGCGAACGGGGGAAGAAGUUACAGUUCACAGACUGUGGCCGAACAGGAGAUGAAAGCCGACAGGUAGAGACAGUUCCAGGCCUAAACUUGAGAGAUCAGUCUACCACAGGGGCUCCACUGACUGAAAAGGUGUGGAGUAUAAGACAGCAGUUGGAGCCUAACAUAGACAAAGCAACACACUUGCAUUCUAAAGAGAAGCAUGAUGUACACAAACAGAGUGCUAAUGAGAUCACCGCAGCUCACACCAACUCCAAUGCACAGAUUCCUCUGGAAGUUCUACAGAGACUUCUGGACAAUGCAGCAGUUCAUAGCGAGUCCACUUGUGACUUUAAACCUAGAGUGAAUGACAUAGAUGAAUCUGAAAAGGACUUCACUCUUGAUAAGGAAAUGGACUUCAAUCACGCAAAACUGUUACAAAGUCCUUUGGCUGAGGAUGGGCAUAAUGAUUUGGCACCGUCUUCACCAAACAGUAGAGUAAAAUCAGAGACAGAGCUGGAUCUUCUACCUGUCAAGGAUGAGGAAGAGAUGGUUCCAGUGUGGGAUAGCGAUAGAGAUGAUGGUUGCCAUGCUGAAAUGGUUGAUCCGAGUCACGAAGAGCUCAGAGGGUCUAGUGAUCAGGAGGAGAUACAGAUUGGCCGAAGGUUUGCGGAAUGUCCCUCCACAGAACAAGGAAAACUGCACCCCAUAAACAGGCGGAGAACAUUCAGCGUAGUGGCCAGGGAGAUCCUGACACAGUUUCAGGUUUGGCAGAGGGCAUGCUAUAGCAGGAAUAUUGAGUGGGGCCCAAUUACAGCAAAGAUCAUUUCUGCACUGCCACAUUUGUAUGGAAAGGAGACAGAGGUGAUCGUUCGAUGUACUAAGAUGCUACACAAUCGCAGGGAUUACCUUCGAAGGAGAGCAAAGGAAGCUGCUGUGGAAAGAAAUAUGUUACCUAUGAGCCAGAGAUUUCUUGAACAACUUCAAAAUGUCUGCAUGAAAGCGUGAUGGGGUCCUGAGAGCGGGAAUGAGGUCACACUGGGGUUUGUUUCCCGUCGGUCCGUUUUGCGGUUGCGCCGAACGCUCCACAGCGACCAUAGAGUGCUGAUCGCCUACAUUAAACGAGCAAGAAAUCAUUGUUU